UUAUACUAACGGUUUUUAGUAUAUCUUAGCGGCAGACCGAGCAGCGGUCUUACUGCCAUAAAGUAAACAAAUUUUAAAGUUUGAUCAACAAAUAUGAGCUACAUACAAUUUGAGAGUGGCAGGGAGAAGGACAAGGCCCGACAGGAGCUGCGAGAGGCCCGCGCGGAGAUGCUCCAGCAGGCCAAAGAGCGGGCCGAGCUCCGGGACCAGCGGGAACGGCAAAAGGAACUGCGCGGUGAGGCCGACUGGAUGCUGCCCGCUGUGGCCAAGAAGUUGGAGAAGUCCUCAUCCGCCGUGCCAAAAAAGUCCAAGAAGAAGCGGGAUAAGCACAAAUCCAAGUCCAAGUCCUCAAAGGUCAAGAAGUCCUCUAAAAAGAGCAAGAAGCGUCACAAAAAGAGUAGCAGUAGCAGCAGCGAGAGCAGCGACAGUGAAUCCUCCGAUUCCAGCACCUGUUCCAGCUCCUCCGCCUCUAGCGAGGACGAAAAAGAGCACAGAAGACGCAAGAAGAAGAAGAAGUCCAAGUCGAAGCGAAGCCACAAGGAUAAAAGCAGUGAUGAGGAGUGGGUUGAGCGUAGUGCUCCCGUGGCGGAAAAAGCGCCGGAGCAGUCGACGUCCCUUCAACGCGACAGCUGGAUGACCAGCGAGGCUCUCGUGCUAAGGACCUUCUCCAAAGAACGCAAGGAGCCCGCAAAGCCCAACGAGAAGCUGCAGCAGAUCGACGCCUACGAUCCGGCCAAAAGCGGGCGCGAGUUGAAUCCUUACUGGAAGAGUAACGGCACGGGUCUGCCCAGCUUCCAAAAGCCUCAGGCCGACGAUGACGACGGGCCAGUCAAGCACCAAUUACAUCCCCCUGCACAGAGCUCCGCUUCACGCGGCUGGCGAAAAGCAACUGCCAAGGCUCCUAGUCCAGAAAGUAGAAGACGUAGCAGAUCUCCUUCAAAGAGUGCCUCUUCAGAGGAGGAGGAGGAGCAGGACGAGCCUGAAGAGAAAGCUACCCUCGGUUGCCUCACGGACGAGCAGAUCAACGAGCUGGCGGGCAAAGCCAUCAAGGCGGAGCUAAAGGGCAAGACGGAGCUGGCAGCUGAACUGAACCAGCAGCUAGAGGCGGCACGCAAGGCGCGGGCGGACUUCAUAGCCACCGGCAAAUCAGUAGCAAGUGCCAGCAGAAAGCCAACAAAGGCUAAGAGCUCUGCUCAAGAGCAUGUGCUGCUCACAAAGACAGAUCAGAGCGGGAACGUGCGUCCCCUGGUGCAGGCCAAGUCGUCAACCAGCGAUCCUCGCGAGCUGUACGGCGGGCGCAGGGGUCAGAAGCGCGGCAGCAGCGGCAAGAAGGUGGACACUCACGUGGAUGGCCAACGGGUGCGAUACUUCGCCGACGACGACCGCUACGACAUUAAACAGAUGUUCGAACGGGAGAAGCAUGCUACGGCUGCCGAGUCCAACCUGCAGUACGCUGAUAUUCUGUCCAAGCACAAGAAUCCCAACGACGAUCUGGAGGACAUAUUUGCUGACAGGGUGCGCAAAAACAUCUCGGCUGCCGACGCCGAGCAGCGGGAGCUGCAAAACGCCAUUCGGGAGCAUGAGAAGCUGGCAGCCAGUUUGGAGAACUGCGAACGCUGCUUCGACUCCGCCAAGCUGGAUAAGCAACUGCUAGUGUCCAUGGGCGAGAAGAUCUACCUCAGUUUGCCAUGGUAUGUGGGUCUGCAAGGCGGCCACUGUAUCCUAACGACACUGCAGCAUGUUUCCUGCUGCACGCAGCUGGACGAGGACGCCUGGGAGGAGUUGAGCAGCUUCCGCAAAGCUCUCACCCGCAUGUUUGCCGCUCGAAACCAGGAUGUAGUCUUCUACGAGAUCGCCAACAAGCUUCAUCGGCGUCCGCACGUCAGCGUUCACUGCAUUCCCAUUCCCUCCAGCAAGGGUGAGAUGGCGCCCUUUUACUUCAAGAAGGCCAUCGAGGAGUCUGAGCAGGAGUGGUGCAUUAACAAGCAGCUGGUCUCGCUGCGCCACAAAUCGCUACGCGCGGCCAUUCCCAAGGGACUGCCCUACGUGUGGGUCCACUUCGGCAUGGACUCGGGAUUUGCGCACGUUAUCGAGGACCAAGACCGUUUCCCGGCUAACUUUGCCCAGGAAAUAAUUGGCGGAAUGCUGGAGUUGAAUCCAAAUACUUGGCGCAAGCCGCGAAAGGAACAAAACCCCAUUGGCAAGGUCAAGUCGUUCGCCGAAAACUGGAAGAAAUUCGACUGCACGGAGCACUGAUGGAACCCCGCUAGGCUGUGUCCACACUGAGUCAAGGAUUCGUCUUUUAGUUGUUUCUAAACAUUAUGCUUUAGGGAUUCUUUGAUAUUUUUAGUAUAGAUCAAAAGUGUUAGAUGAACAAUUAGUAUCUUAUUUGAUAACGUUUUAAAAUUGCAAACGUUAUUUAAUUCAUUGAAAUGUUCAUGAUUUUAUAAGUAUAUCCAAGCCAAAAUACAUCGUUUAUCUUGGUUAUCUCUUUCUGCUCCAAUACAAAGAUUAAUGUAAGCCAAACUGGAGAAACUUCCUGUCUAGGGGUUGCUAUAGCCCGCUCUCCCUUUCAGUAAUAAAAAGAGGGGA